AAUAAAGAAUAAAGUACUGGUAUACCUCUGCUACUUGCUGAAUUCAAGGAAAUAGAGGGAGUUAUUUCCUGGACCAAUCACACGACUGUGUCAAGGAUUUGGGCUACCUCUUAUACUGGUCGAAAAACAAAGUUGUGCUCAUUAUAUUUCUUUUAAAUGAACUUGUUCUCUACAAUCGCUUGGAAACGGAUGAAAGUUGUGUGUUUGUUUAGUAGAUCAGAGACCAUCAUACCUACUGAACUACUUGAUUGGGAUUCUCCAGCAUGGCACGUAUAGGAAUGAAUAUUACGGGAGUUUCUGCGACAAUGAAGACUGACACAUCUCCGCUCAUGUCAUCUGACUUUUACAUGACCUCGUCAGGUCUCUCGAUAUUUGGCGCGAACAUGAGCGAAAAUGUGACUGUUACCAACUUCACCGACGCAGUGGUGCCAGUCGUGUGGUCAUGGAUACCGAUCAGUUGGGAAUGGUGGGAGGUGAUUCAGUUGAUCCUAGCCAUCGCUGGCAUCAUCGGAAACUCCCUGGUGAUGUUGGUACUCUUCCGUGUCAAGAAAAAGCUUUGCUCCACCGAUACCCUGAUCGCUGGGUUGGCUCUGGCCGACUUCUUGACGUCGGUGUUCAUCAUUCCUCACGCUCAAGUGAAGACGCUUCCAGACACCGUAGCAGCGCAGCUCUACUGUCGGAUCAUCCACUCCAAUUCCCUCAUGUGGACAUCCAUCUGCGCGUCCAUAUUUACCCUCACCACCAUCUCAAUAGAAAGGCUCAUGGCUGUGAGGUACCCGAUCAUAUUCAAGCGAUUCUUUACCUCCAGAACAACGUCCCUCGCAAUAGGUGGCAUAUGGAUAAUCUCCUUGGUCAUCAACACCGUCAGUUUCUACAUCCACUACAUCUUCGAAGGAAAUUGUGCUUUGGGCUUCCCGACGCCAUCUUUCCAGAAGUUCAUCGGAAUCUUCUUCUUCAUCUCAGAGUACUUGGUACCCGUAUCAGUCAUGAUCCUGGCCUAUGUAUUCACCAUCCGAACCCUUCGAGAGCGCGCCCAGCCUUACUCCGCUGAAAACCAGAGCCGGCGGCCGAAUAAACUUUUUUUGGUGGCCCGACGUCGCGUCAUAGAAAUUCUCUUUAUCGUUGUCGUUAUCUUCAUCAUCUGCUGGACGCCUGAUCAGUUUGGAUUCCUUGCUGUCACCGUCGGUAUUAUCGACUUCUCGCACUUCGACAGCCCCCUCUACCGCUCCUUCGUAGUCCUUGCUUUCGUCAACUCCUGUGCGAACCCUAUCAUCUACGCCGCCAGGAACCCGAACUUCAGACAGGCUCUCAAAGAACUCUUUAGGAACGUACCGUCUAUCAGACUUCAAUCUGUCUUUGCAGUCAUAGAUGAGACUAGCAACGCCACUACUGAUACAAAUGUCACUAAAUUAUCGUCUGUUGACAACACAGUCGUGUAAUUAUUUAUCAUUUAAGUCCUAUUCAACACGAGGAGUAGGUUUCAGUAGGGUCACUGAUUUUAGAGGUCUGUCCUCAAUGUGAACAGUGUGGAGAGCGUCGAUGAUGACGUGUUUAAUGUGCUUGAUGAACUCAAAAAAAGGUUAAUGAUAACAAUGUUAACUAAAUGGUUAAGAUUUCUUCAAGGUAGCGCUUUUGAUCAUUUUUUCGUAUAGUUACUCACUACAAUAGCUUUAUUCAUUUAAAGUUUGUAAAGGAAGUAAUGUCGAUGUUUUGGGGUCUUGUUCUUCGUACCGAAGAUGUAGAAUAUAUGUCAAUCGAACUUGUAAGACAUGAACGCACGGAUGAUAGUUUUUACAUUAGUCGUUUAAUAUAUGAUUUCUCUUUGAGAGUUUGAGAAUCGUUUUUUUUCGUGUAAUUUGGGGAAAUUCUCCUCUUUUUUUUUGCGGAACAUUUCUGAAUGUUUAUAACAAAAAU